AUGGACCCUUUAAUUGCAACGGUCAGCGACGUGCCGUCUCCGGAUGCUACCCAAUCCCCAUCCUCCGCGGCGCCGCCCGAGCCAGCUCGUCUUUGGGCCAUUAGCGACUUGCAUCUCUCUUACAAAGGGAAUCGCGAAGAGCUCGAGAAGCUCGAGCCCAGACCAAAUGAUGGCCUGAUCAUAUGCGGCGACGUAGGCGAGACCGUGGAACACCUGCGCCAAUGUUUUACAACCGCGAAGGCAUGCUUCAAGCAGCUCUGGUGGGUGCCCGGGAACCAUGAGCUUUUUACCAUGCCCUCGUCGAAUGGACGACGAGGCGAAGACAAAUACAUGGAAUGCGUUGAGGUAGCCCGGGAGUAUGGCGUGCUGACGCCUGAAGACGAUUUUGUGGUGUGGAAGGGCGACGGUGGGCCUUGUGUCAUUGCGCCCAUCUUCACGCUGUACGACUACAGCUUCCGUCCCGACCACGUAACGCUGGAAAACGCACUCGAAUGGGCCAGCGAAGAGAACAUUCUGGCUACGGACGAGCAUCUGCUACACAACGACCCCUAUGCCUCGCGCGUCGAGUGGUGCAACACGCUUAUCGAGCGCGCACAGACGAAGCUUGCAGAAGCAGUAAUGCAAAACCUGGGCACCCGCCUCGUCAUCAUAAAUCACUGGCCACUACGCGAAGACCUAGUCAAUAUCCCUCUCGUACCGCGCUUCGUCAUCUGGUGCGGAACCAAGCAGACAGAAGAUUGGCACAACACGUACAACGCGAAGGUGGUCGUAAGUGGACAUUUACACGUCAGGCGGACAGACUGGAAAGACGAUACGCGCUUCGAGGAAGUCAGUCUGGGGUAUCCCAAGCAAUGGCGCGAGUGUCAAGAACGUGGCAUGGAUAUCAACGACCUCCUUCGCGAGAUAUUACCUGGGCCAGACCCACCGCCACCUGGGCAGCCUGCCACGUUGUGGAGACGAUAUGGGAAGGGGACAACUGACACGCCCGCCAUAUUCCUAAAGGGAGCUAAACCGUAA